AUGACUGAUACAUUAGAAAAUUCAGAAAAUGAUAAGAUUUCUACUGGCCUUUCCGAUAUCUUAUCUUUUGAUACUUUAAGUUUAGAUGCUCAAUCAUUUAAAACUGUUAGUACAAGAUAUAUUUCAGAAAUAGAUAAAAUGGAUAUCACAUUUGCAUCUACUGAAGAAAAACCUUCUAGUAAUAAAAGUUUGAAAAAAUUUGUCAUAUCUCUUAUAGAUAAGAUAACAAUUCCUAAUGAUUUUAGUAGUAAAGUUAAAAACGAUUUAAAAGAUUGGUUUUCAAGUGAUAAGCAAAGGAUAAAGAAAAAUAAGGUUAAUGAUUUUUUAGGUUAUUACGAAUGUUUAAAUACUUCAGAAUUAUUAAAUCCAAAGAUUACUUUAUCUACUGCUAGAAUUGAUUUUCACGAAGGAGAAUCUGUUGAUGAAGCGAAAAAUAUAGUUAUUACAAAAAUUAAAAAUGUUCCUUACAUUGAAAAUGCUUCACUUUUUAUUAUUACAGGUAAAGGUAACAGUCAUUGGAAUAGUAGUGGAAAUUUAAAUAAAAAUUUUCCUGAAUGGAUAAAAGAUGAAUCAAUUAAAAAUUUAGUUGAUGGUGAACCUAUAAAAGGUGAUGGUACUUACGAAGUAUUUAUAAAAAGGAUUCAUAAUGGUGAAAAUGAUAAAAGUAAUAAUUUUUAUACAAUUGACGAUAAAGUUUUAAAAGAAUGGGAAGAAUAUGCUAAAAAAAACAAUGAUAUAAAAUAUAAGAUGGCAUUAGCAG